ACCACAUAUUUCUUUUCAUAUGUUUAUCAUUAUUGUAACCAAGCUCUGAAACUCUCUCUACUGUAACUUCUUCACUACUAGCUCAAACUUCAAUCGGAUUGGAACCAAGUUUCCAAGCCAUGGCUGAGUUGAUCCUCUCUCCAAUUGUUGACAAAAUCAUUGGGCGUUUGGGAUCUGAUGCUGUGAAACAGAUCUCUCUGGUUUGGGGUGUCAACGAUGAGCUCGAUCAGCUCAAUGAAACCAUUUCAACUAUCAAAGCAGUGCUUCUCGAUGCCGAGAAGAAGCAGUCCCACAACAACCAAGUCAACAACUGGCUCCACAGGCUGGGCAAUGCAGUUCUUGAAGCCGACGACUUGAUGGACGAGGUCAACACUGAAGCUCUACGACGCCAACUCAGGAUGUCUCCAAACCCAAUGGCCAACCAGGUAUGCACUUUCUUUUCCGGCUCCAACCAACUUGCUUUUCGGUUCAAGAUGAGUCGUAGAAUCGAAGGCAUCAAGAAAAAACUGGCUGACAUUUCCAAGGAUAGAAACUUCUUUUUGGACGAAGGACAUGGAGAGACUCCGAGUGUUAGGAGAGCAAGAGAUACUUGCUCGCGUUUGCCUCAUCAAGGUGUUAUUGGGAGGGAAGAGGAUAAAUCGAUUAUCAUAAAUAAGUUUUUGUUGGAGAGUUGUGAAGAGAGUGUGUCAGUGAUCGCCAUUGUAGGAAUAGGUGGGUUAGGAAAAACCACUCUUGCUCAAAGCGUUUUUAAUGAUGAGCAAGUUCAAAAACAUUUUGAGACAAAGAUUUGGGUGUGUGUGUCUGAUGAUUUUGACUUGAAACUAAUUAUUAAAAGUAUCAUUGAGUCUGCAAAAGGUGAUAGUAGUUUGGGAGACAUGAGAAUGGAACCAUUGCAAAAGAAGCUUCAAGAAGUACUUGGUAGUAAGCGGUUUCUUCUUGUACUAGAUGAUAUAUGGGAGAAAAACCAUAAUAAGUUGUCGGAGUUGAAAAAUUUAAUAAUAAGUGAUGCAAAUGUUGGGAGUAGAGUUGUAGUAACUACUCGCUUUGAAGACAUUGCUCAAUUUAUAGCUACCAAACAACAACCCUAUCGAUUGGGGGUUCUUGAUGAAGUUCAAUCUUGGUCUCUAUUUAAGUCAAUGGCUUUUGAAGAUGGAUCACAUGAGCUAGAAAAUUCCAGCAUUGUGAAGAUUGGAAAGGAGAUUGUGGAAAGGUGCAAAGGAAUCCCCCUAGCCAUUAAAACAAUAGGAAAUCUAUUAUAUGGUAAAAGUAAGGAAUCAGAGUGGUCUUCCUUUAAUAAGGAAUUUUCAAAAAUAUCAGAACAACAAGAGGAUGAUAUCUUACCCACCCUUAGAUUGAGUUAUGAUCAUCUUGCCUCCCAUUUGAAACUUUGUUUUGCCUAUUGUAGUAUAUUUCCUAAAGACUACGAAAUUGAGGUGAAAGGUUUAGUUAGCCUUUGGAUGGCACAAGGAUUUCUUAAGCUCUCAGAUCCAAGUCAAGAUCAAUGUUUGGAGGAUGUGGGUUAUGACUGGUUUAUGAAUUUGUUGGAAGGAUCAUUCUUUCAAGAUGUUAAAGUAGAUAAAUGUGGUAUUAUAAAAAGAUGCAAAAUGCAUGAUCUUAUGCAUGAUCUUGCAGUUCAAGUAGCAGGAGGAGAAUGUGCUACUUUUGUAAUUUCAAAUGGCCAAGCAAAUAUCAAGGAAACUACUCAUCACGUGUCCUUUAUAAGUCAUACUUACUCCAAAAGUGAAAUUUUAGCUUCGUUGGCUCAUGCCAAAAAGAUUCGAACAAUUCUUCACUUUUUUGCUUUGAAGGACCAGACAUUUUGCGAUGCAAUUAUAUCAAGCUCUAAGUUCAUACGUUGUUUGGGUCUGAAUAAUUCAAUGAUGAAGUUAGUAUCAAAUUCUAUUGGGAAGUUGAAACACUUAAGGUAUUUGGAUCUCUCAUUGAAUUCUAGGCUCAAGAUACUUCCCAAUUCAAUUACUAAUUUGCUGAAUUUGCAAACACUGAAACUCAAUCUUAGGCAAACACUGAAACUCAAGAGAUAUUGA